AUGUUCUACAAACAUAAUUCUUUUUCAGGGAGAGUUUCCCAAGCUGACGCUGCUGCUGCUUAUCAACCCCAGGUAUAUCCUAUUUCAAAAUACUUUUUGCUAUAUUUUUGGUAAUAAACCAAGUAGUUAUAUUUUUAUAAUUCCCUUGCUUCUCUUUGUCAUCAGCAACAUAAGCUUAUAUUUUUACCUAUAAAGUUAAGGUUAAACUAGCUUUAAUAACCUUAUGUAUACUUCGAUGGUAUCAUGGACUUAAGCUUUUAUGCCUUUAAUAUCUUACCAAAUGCUUAGCAUGUAAUCUUAUUGAUUCUGUCAAUUGCUACUGACAAUUUUACAGGUCUGAUCUGUUUGAUCGCAGAGAUUGCGAACGGAUAAAUGUAACCUCCCCCUCCCCAGUUUUCAUCCCUACCCACCCUCCAACAUACAUACAAACACGAUGAACAUGUUAUUUCACUCCAUUAUAUGUACUCAGAUGAACCCAAAGACCCAACUUGCAGCAGCUGUAAAAGUUAAUUCCCAGCUAGAAUAGCCAGUCUUUACCCACAGAAAAAAUUAGUUCCUGCAUGUAAAACAAAAAGAACUCUCAUUAGCAAAACUAAAGCGACAAAAGUUCAGUGCCACACAGAAGCUCUGUAGUUCUUUUAAAUGCAGAAACUGGGCACCUCAACACAAAGUAUGCCCACACUUUGUUAUCAGAGCAAAUAUCAUGUUAAUGUUUGUGUUAUUUUUAUUAAUGCCAGGGACUGGGCACUUACAAAGAAGUAUCAGUAAAGGGACCAGUUAUUGAACCCCCAAAUUUUAACAUGUCUUCUGCGUCUUCUGGAGCAAACGAAGUUACAAAGUGGCAAGAGAUUUAUAAGGUCAGGAUUUACACAUUUCUUCUGCAGUUUAGGCUGCAUUCCUUUUGACCAAUCUAAAUCCACAUUUUGAAAUCUGAAAUUUGAUUUUUCAUUCCAUAAAGGAUCAAACCAAUCUUAGACUGCAAUCUGAACAAUCCACCUCCUUACUAGGAUCAUUCAGAUUGGUAUCUCAAUCUGGUUUCAGAUUUUUGUUCCAUUUAACAGACUGCUUUUUGAUCGCAAGAACUUGCUCAUUCAUCAAUAGACAUAGUGGGUCAUGGUCAGUUCAGGAAAACUUUGUUCCUCCAUCGUUCUAUGUCGCAAAAGAAUUGUAGUUAGCAAACUCAAGUUGCACCGUUACUCUACAAACUGUAAAGAAGCAAUUUUCUCACAAUUAAAUGUCCAGUGUGUGUGUUUUAUCAACAUAAUUUGAAGUUUCAUAACCAUACUUCUAAAUGUGUUUGGUUCAAAUUCCAAAGUCCCAUUCUGAAUCCCUUUCAGUUCUUCACAAGAAUAUGUUUAAUUCACGGAAAGAAAUAAAAAAAGAAGCGUUGAAAUUGUGAAAGAGAUCAAUGCAGCAGGCAGCUACUUUAUGGAUCAGUCUUAUUCAGGAUGUUUAUUCCAGCUACCAUGAAAAUCCAAACAAUCUGGAUUCUCUAAAUCCAAGAAAAGUUUUGCUUAUAAAAGGAAUACAACCUUAAAGGCAGAUUGACUCCUUCCCCAGAAAUGUUGCAGUCAUUUUUUGAAAAUCGGGGGUCAUUUUGUACUAGUGUAAAUUGACAGUUACCACAAAGAGAAUCACUGACCAGCAAAGUUUAUACAGCUUUCCUUACAGACAACUCUAUAUUACGGACAUUUCGUUUGGUCCCAGAAAUGCCAAAAAUCAUACAUUCCCUACCUCUAUAAUACGGACACCUCUGUAAAGUGGACACUUGGUUCUGUCCUUUUGGUGUCUGUAUUAAAGACUCAGGUUUGACUGUAUUCAAAUACAGUUGCACUCCUAUAAUUCAGCCACCCUCAGGGGAAUGGCAAGUGGCCACCUCGUAGGGGUUGCUCGCUUAUUAAAGGUUUGUCAGGAAUUAGUUUGAAACUUACUUGAAACAUCAAUUUAUUGAAAUGCAAGCAUGCUUGAAGACUUUUAACAUCGGUUGCACACAAUAAAACAUUUUAAAAUCGCACAAAACCAAUUUUGAGAGAAUCCGGUGACAAGGUCUUGACAUGCUCAGGUACAUUUUGAGUAUUUUAUUGCUUAAUAAACAUUCAGGUGUCACUUUCUAUUUCCGAUUCUUAUUGCCCCACCAAAAACUAAGCCAAAACACACAUGUGGAAUUUUGGGUGGCUGCUUAAUAGUGGUAAAAAACUAUAGAAAACCUUCAUUGGGACAACCAAAAGGUGGCUUCGGUCACUUAAUAGGGGUACCAAUGUAUGAGCAGAAUUGAAACCACUGUGUAAGAGAAAAUCAGAUACUUAAUUCACAAGUUUUCUCAUGUCCAGAAGUGCAUGCUAUGGCAAAUCUGGCAAAAAAUUGCCAGAGGGUUGGCAAGAAUCUGAAGGAUUUUUCAAGAGCUGCUCCUUAUAAAGUGGUGAAGUUGAUGAAAUGGCUAAAUGUCAAUUAACACCAAAUCUGCCACUUCUAUUAAAGCAUACAUUUCUGGACUAAUCUCUUUGAGUUGUUUUCUUUUCAUAGAAAACCAAGGCCCCUGUUUAUCUGUUGAGAGGUGGAAGAGAUCAAGUGAUGUUUCGAGGCCUUUUAGUUGCUAUUGGUGGUGGAAUGUGUUACACCUUCUACAACAUGUAUUUGAUGUUCACAAACCAACUGAAAAAGAAGGAGCGAUAA